CGUUCGUUGCGCACACCCAACCCGUCCGUCAAUGCCCGUCCGAGGCUUCAAUAAGACGGUCGCGCAGGAAAUUGAGGCAAAUCCACCUUGCCGGUCUGCCACCCAAGCCGCAAGUGGUUCAGCCACCUCCGAUGUCAUGCGAACCGAGCCCGAAAAGGUCUUCCCCGGCGUCGCCGAGGCCACGGACUCAUCCUUCGCCAUUCCCACCUCCUCGUCAUGCCUUGCCGGGGAUGGUCUUCCUCCAUCUGCUACUGCUGCCUCUGAGGACCAAGCGCCCGACUCGAUUGACCGCUAUCUCGCGCCAGCGCUCACAUGGUCGCGUCUUUGGCUUGCGUUCGAUGGCCACGUUCUGUACGACUCCACCGCCUCGCUCUGCAAGCUACUCACUCACGCCGACCUCACCUACAGCUUUUGCAAGCAGCUCGGGGACUUUUGGUACGCGUUCUAUACGCGUUAUGAGGCGUGUACGGUGAGGGCGCAGCAUCAAGCAGACGCGGAAGGCCCUGAGUCUGGCGGAGGCAACUGGAUUGCCUCAGCCGAGUGGGUGGCAAUGCGUGCGGGAUUCCUUGACCUGGAGUACAGCAGCGCGUUGUCGGUCACCGAGCUUCAGUCCCGCGUGUGCUGGAACUACCUCGAAGUCAACGUUCGACGAGUGCUCGCAAAGCUUCCCUCUGGCGAUUCUGGCCCACACAAGCUGCUUUUUCUAGCUGCAUUGAGCAAUGACUGUGCACUGACUCCCUACAUGCACGUCUUAACUCAGACGCAACCCAACUGCGACCUGCCGUGCGGUAUGACCGGGCUGCUUCCCCUCGCAGUUCAGCGUUUUGCCGCGAUGAAAUCAUGCCUGCAGUCAUCGCCAUCCCAAAUGCGAGUGCCCAUGUACGAGCUCAUUCGCGACCCCAUCACCAUCGGUGGCACACUCGCCCAGUUUCUGCUCCCGACGCCAAACCCCAUGACCUCUACCAUGCUCUUCACGACUCUAGACGCCAGCGCGCGAGAGAAGAUGAUCGCCGAGCACGUCGUGUGCAUCGUCGACCAUGUCCGCAAGACGCUCGGGCUGGGCCUCGCGGAAUGCGUGCAGGCGUUGAACGCCUAUAUCUACGCGGCGCCUUUGGCUGCGAGCGUGUUUGAGCAUCUUUGA